UUCAUCGAUGGCGGUAUUCAUGCACGAGAAUGGGUUGCUGUGAUGUCGGUUGUGUACUUGAUUCACGAAUUAGUGGAACAUUCGAGCUCUCACGCGGACAUGCUGAACAAGGACUGGAUCAUCAUUCCUGUUGCCAACCCUGAUGGCUACGAGUUUUCGCACACCAAUAACCGAUUGUGGCGUAAGAAUCGUUUCCCUGCUACAAUUCUGUGCACUGGUAUCGAUUUGAAUCGCAACUGGGACUAUAUGUGGGAAUUCUCGAGCAAUGCCUGCUCUGAGUCGUACGCAGGAACGAAUGCUUUUUCGGAGUUGGAAACUCAAGCUCUGAACCGUGUCAUGCAGCAGCACGCACGAUAUAUGGUGCUCUACCUCGCCGUUCACACUCAUGGGAAUAUGAUCCUGUACCCCUAUGGAUACGCCUGGCCUUUCAUUCCAGUGUCGAAUCAAGCCGCUCAUAUUGCCCUAGGGGAGUUAGCCCGUGACGCGGUCACCAGCGUCGGUGGGCCACUUUACGUUGUUGGCAAUAGUGCCGAGAUCCUGUACACCGCCAAUGGUUGCAGUGAUGACUACGCAGCGGGAGUAAUUGGCUCCCGAUACGCGUUCACUCUCGAGCUAACUGGAGGUGGACUUACCGGGUUCGAUCUGCCUGCUAGCCAGAUUAUGGCCGUCGCGUCUCAGACAUUCCAGAUCUUCCACACAAUGGCCAACAACCUGAUUCCGUUGCUGAUAAGUAGCUGCGAUACUUUAAGUUUGACCGUGGACGAGCAUAGAAUGAAGUUGCUUGCGGUGUUUGGUGGCUGCUUGGUGGCCUUGGCCUUUGCCAAAGCCGGUUCCUAUCACGAGUACGAGAUGUACACAGUACAUCCGGAAACGCAGGAUCAGCUAUCGGAGCUGCUUCAGUGGCGUUUGAAGGAGGAUGUAGACUUUUGGGACGCUCCGAAACUCAAUCGACAGGCUCGUGUGAUGGUACCUCGGACGAAUCGCAAAGUCGUGACGGACUUUCUCGAUCGACUCGACGUUGAGUACGAUCUUGUGGUGGAAGAUGUCCAAGAACUCCUGGAGAAGGAGCACCGUCGCAAUGCGAACCAUCUGCACCGCACCAGACGAGACUCUAACUCGCAGGCAACGAUCGACUUCGAGCACUUUUGGACGUUGCAGGAAAUCUACGAUUAUCUGGCGGAGCUGGAGCUGGCGUACAGCGACUUGGUGCGCGUAUCGGAUGUGGGCACCACGCACGAAGGAAACCCGAUCAAGGCCAUCACUAUCUCGAAGAACGGAGACGUCGAUCAAAGUCGCCCGAUUGUCUUCAUGGACGGAGGCAUUCACGCUAGAGAAUGGGCCGGUGUGAUGUCCGUAAUGUACAUGAUCCACGAGUUCGUCGAGCACUCAGACCAGUACGCGGCGCAGUUGGAAAACACGGACUACGUUAUCAUACCGGUGCUGAACCCGGAUGGCUAUCGAUACACGCACGAGAAAAACCGGCUGUGGCGUAAAAACCGUUUCCCGAACAACGUGCUCUGCUACGGUGUCGACCUGAACCGCAACUUCCCGUUCCAGUGGGACUGGACGACAAAUGCGUGCUCAAAUACGUUCGCCGGGACCGUGCAAUCCUCGCAAAAGGAGACCCAAGCCAUGAUGGCGCUGCUUGAUCAGUACAAGAGUGCCGUCCGUGUUUAUCUGGCGGUCCAUACGUACGGCGAGAUGAUCCUGUGGCCUUGGGGCUAUGACUUUCUGCACGCACCGAACGGCGAAAAUUUACAGCGGCUCGGCGAACAGGCACGCGAUGCUCUCGUCGCAGCCGGUGGACCAGA